AUGAAAACACUAAGUAGUGUCAUAGAAACACGGAACUUUUCAUCAACAUCUAAAAAUAAAAUAGUUCCAUCAAUAUUUUCUGGUUUUGCUGCACCACGUCUUGAUAAUUUGUACAGUGUUUUACUCGUGUUUGAAUUUUCAAGUCCAUGUAGUACGGCUAUUGAUUUGACGCAAGUAUCAGAUCGUUUACCAACUAUAUCACAAUUUGAACAUGAGGAAGAAGUGUUAAUAUUACCGUAUACGUUAUUCAAAGUAACGAAAGUGACGGAAGAAACCGACACUGAGCCAUUUUCAAUUUAUUUACAAAAUGUGACUGCGCCUGAACAGUCACUUAUCAGUUUUUUUAGAAUAAAAUUAGAGGAUAUUAAAUAG